AGGCGGGGCUUAGCUGGGUAGCUGCGUUACCUGUUUAUCGCAUAAAAAAACACGGAGGAAACUUGAAGUUUGCAGCCCAUGAAACUCCUCACAUAAUGAAUGGGACAGCGUACUCCAACUUUGACAACCAGGAGCACGUCCUGAAAUUAGGAGAGACGUUUGAGAAACACCCUAAAAGUGCUUACCACACGGUGCGAUAUGAUUUUAAACCAGCAUCCAUUGAUACAACAUGUGAAGGGGAGCUUGAAGUUGGCAAAGGAGAGCAAGUCACCAUUACUUUACCCAAUUUAGAGGGUUCGAGUGCUCCGGUUACAGUCUUCAAGGGAUCUAAGAGGCCUUACAUGAAGGAGUGCAUCCUCAUCGUGAACCAUGAUACAGGAGAGUACAGACUAGAAAAACUCAACAGUAAUAUAGCUGUAAAGAAGACCAGGGCUGAGGGCAGCAGUAAAAUUCAGUCUCGUCUGGAGCAACAAACCAGUCGCCUAAGCCAGCAGAUGAAGAGUAGCAGCAGCAGCAGCACUAACAAAACCUCAUCCAGCUCCAAGAGCUCUCCCAAGGAGAAAACCUCUCCACCCUCACCAAUGGAUGACAUCGAGCGAGAGUUGAUGGCGGAGGCAAGGGUCAUGGAUCAGCUGAGCAGCAGCAACAGCUCUUCAGGCUCCAACAGCUCGUCCUCCAGCAGCGACGACAGCUCAAGCAGCAGUGACUCAGAAGACGAGCGAAGUUCUGCCCCGGCCAAUCAGAGCAUGCCCGUCAUAAACGCCAGCUCGACGAAUCGCCACCAGGAGAGCGGAGGAGAGCUCAUGAACACGCUCAAGAACGACCUCCAGCUGAGUGAGUCGGGCAGUGAGAGCGACUGAAGCCUCCGUUUGAUGAAGGCGACCGUGAGGAAGACUCUGGAGACUGAAGGAGCCCUUCACAGACUCGUCUGUGUCCUGCUGCCUUUAAAAUACAGCGGCCCUUUUUGCAUUUCCUCUGAUCUGUUGCUCCUCCAGCAGAAAACCUAAACAUUUGUUUUGUGUGAAAGUUUAACUCCAACUGUAACGAGGUCUUAGCUUUCACGUCGUUCACGAGAAGCUGGAUACGUCUGAUGCAUCGCUGCAUGGGCUCAAACUGACCAAAGUGCACGAGGCAGAAAAAGGACGGUGCCUAAUAUAAAUACACGUGUAGCUGAUUGUUUCUGUCUUAAACAACCUCCUUUAGCUUCUGAAUUUCAUCUCAACAUUAUCAGCAGUCGCAGCUGUGCCUUACGUUUUGUUUCUUAUUAAACGGCCACAGAUUAUUUUACUUUGAAACUAACCUGCAGGAAAUCAAACUCUUGUGAUGUCACGCUGCAUUAAAUAUGAACCGCUCAGCCAAACGAUCGUCUAGAAGUUCUCGUUCAACAGAAGUUGUAUUUAUUGCAGCGUGAAAAAUGAAAGUUUUUCUUUUGGUUCUUUCCUGAGACACACGCCACAGUUUAGUGACUAAAUGUUUCAGACACCGUCUGCAGUUUUUGUUGUCGUCUGUUACAAACAGGAACUGGGUUUAUGAGUGGAGUUUAACUAAAUAACCAGAAUGGGACGCCGGAGACUUUGAGAUAAAACUUGCUGGAUGUAGUAAAAGUACAGAAAAGCUAAAGUAGUUUCAGUAAAUCCACAUGGGGUCAUGCUUUGUAGCUUUAAACCUGUAAUACUUGAAGAAGCUAAUUAUUUAUCUUUCUAAAUACACUUGACCGGUUAAGUUUUUCUUUGCUGAGUUUAAGUGCAAGUUCCCAGCGGGGGGGAUCCAGAUGUGCUGCGCUCCUGCACCUCGGUCUUAAAAACUGGAUGUGCCUUCUUCAUCUCGGGAAGUUUCCAGGUCUUCCUCUUCGUCUUUCACUGCCGAGCCGUCUCAGUAAACAGGAAGCUGCUGUCCGUUCAUCAGUUCUUCAGCGUCCCCGAUGACUGAAAAACAAACGAUCACCUUAAAACACGGAGAAUAAUUUUUUCAUUCUUUCAUCCUUUUAUUUGUUAAAUAUUUGAGAAUAAUUUGUCAAAUAUUAAACAUUUUA